GCGCCGCGGGGGUCCUCCAAGAUGGCGGCGCAGAGGAGGAGCCUGCUGCAGAGUGAGCAGCAGGCAAGCUGGACAGAUGACCUGCCGCCUUGCCACCUCUCUGGCGUUGGCUCAGCUUCCAACCGAAGCUACUCCUCCGAUGGCAAGGGCAUCGAAAGUCACCCUCUGGAGGACAACUGGCUCAAGUUCAGGAGUGAGAACAAUUGCUUCCUGUAUGGCGUCUUCAAUGGCUAUGAUGGCAACCGGGUGACCAACUUUGUGGCCCAGCGGCUGUCGGCAGAGCUCCUGCUGGGCCAGCUCAACGCUGAGCACACCGAGGCCGACGUGCGGCGGGUGCUGCUGCAGGCCUUCGACGUGGUGGAGAGGAGCUUCCUGGAGUCCAUCGAUGAUGCGCUGGCUGAGAAGGCGAGCCUCCAGUCCCAGCUACCAGAGGGUGUGCCCCAGCACCAGCUGCCUCCUCAAUAUCAGAAGAUACUGGAGAGACUCAAGGUGCUGGAGAGGGAGGUCUCAGGAGGCGCCAUGGCCGUCGUGGCAGUUCUUCUCAACAACAGGCUCUACGUGGCCAACGUUGGCACGAACCGGGCACUCCUGUGCAAGUCCACAGCGGAUGGGUUGCAGGUGACCCAGCUGAACAUGGACCAUACCACAGAGAAUGAGGAUGAGCUCUUCCGCCUUUCCCAGCUGGGUUUGGACGCAGGAAAGAUCAAGCAGGUGGGGGUCAUCUGUGGGCAGGAGAGCACCAGGCGCAUCGGCGAUUACAAGGUCAAAUAUGGCUACACUGACAUAGACCUGCUCAGUGCCGCCAAGUCCAAACCCAUCAUCGCUGAGCCAGAGAUCCACGGUGCACAGCCACUGGACGGGGUGACCGGCUUCCUGGUACUGAUGUCCGAAGGACUCUACAAGGCCCUGGAGGCAGCCCACGGGCCUGGCCAGGCCAACCAGGUGAGCCACACACUGCACAGGUGGCCAGGCGCUCUCACAAGCUCUGCAGGGGGCCGUGUGUACCCCGUGUCCGUGCCCUACUCCAGUGCCCAGAGCACCAGCAAGACCAGUGUCACCCUGUCCCUCGUCAUGCCGUCCCAAGGCCAGAUGGUCAACGGGGCCCACAGCGCUUCCACCCUGGAUGAAGCCACCCCCACCCUCACCAACCAGAGCCCGACCCUGACCCUGCAGUCCACCAAUACACACACGCAGAGCAGCAGCUCCAGCUCCGACGGGGGCCUCUUCCGCUCCCGGCCCGCCCACUCGCUCCCACCAGGCGAGGAUGGCCGAGUGGAGCCCUACGUGGACUUUGCUGAGUUUUACCGCCUCUGGAGUGUGGACCAUGGUGAACAGAGCGUGACGACAGCGCCAUAGGCCUGGGCAAGGAGCGCAGUCUCGCCGGUCCCCGCGUGGGGUGCAUGGGGACGGCCUGUGCUGGGGGCCGUGGACACCCCCACGUCGUGCACCAGGCUCUGGCCCAUGGCACUGCGGGCUGUGGAGCUCACGGGUACAAACUUUGUGGCUGGUGUGCACCUGGCCACCACAUAGGCUGGUGGCUGGGUUCGCUGGGCAGCCCCAGCCAGGACCGUAGCUGUCCCUCAGAGCAGGAUCCAAGCAUAGAAGCUGUGGCGACACAGUGGGACGGGGUCUUGCGGACCCACGGUGCCUCCAGCCGGAUGGAAUGCUUGCUCGAGGCCACCCCCAGAAUAGCCCCUGGACACCGCUAGUACCCUUCAUCUCUGACCGUGUCCCCCAGCCUCUCGGCUUGCGGUCCCCAUGUCCCUGGGAUGGCCACAGGAGCAGCUUAGGUGUGGCUGAAGAAGCACGAGGCUGGAGCCGCCAGAACAGAGCGCUGGUGGCUGGGCGUCCCCAGGGGCGCAGGAGGUGAGCUGCCCACCCAGCCGCUCUUCUGCCGGCCCUGCGCUGUGUCCUCCGUGGUGCUGCGGGGGAGCCCCAGUAGCGAGCGGCUGAGGGUGAGGUUGGACUGCUUCUGAGUGGCAGCCAGAGGUGACAGUCUGGGCUGGGGGCCUGGCUGAGAGAAAAGACUGGGCAGUGGCUGUGAGGGAAGAAGAUCCUUGGAGUCCUGGCCAGAGCAAAGCCCAGGAAGACGAGGCUUUAGGGGUAUGCAUGAUAUUUCCAAAUAGGGAGGGAGGGACGGGCCAGCCAGGCCCUGAGCUAGAUCACUCGCAGGCUCCGCCUUGGUGGGGUCCACAGAGGAGGCAGCGGCCGCUGCCUGCCCUUGUCCAGAGCUCUAGCCUGUGGCCUUGGUGUGGUGUGUGGUUCACAGGUGCUGCCCUCCCUCCCCCCCCCCGGCCCCACAGUGAGGGCACAGCCGCAGGCAGGCAGGCCCCAGUGUUGUCCUUGCUGUCUGCAAAGCCAAAGGCCAGUUCCAGAGGCCCUGCCCGCUCUGGCCUGGAGUCUGUGUCCCUGCAGCAGAGCCUGCCCCACGCAGCACUGGGGACACUGCCACGGAAGAACAGAGAGAAAAUGUGGAUGACAGCCACCCGCCCUGGCUGCCCGCCCCUGGGAAGCCAUCUCUGCUGGCCCGCAGAUUUUGGGAACAUGGGACUGUCUCAGGAAUGUCUGGGGAAUGCCUGGUGCUCUUACUCUAGAAAUGGAAUCAUGUUUGUUGUUAAUGCAAUAAGGAAACACGUGGUGUUCUCCGCCA